AUGGCGAGGCCGAAAAGAUGGAAAAGUUGCAUGUCGGAAAAUUUGCUGACAAUGCUGACAGUUUUGGGUGUAUUAUCUGGAGUCGCACUUGGAUUUAUAUUACGAGCUUCGAAAUCGACAGCAUGGUCGAAGCGUGAUAUCAUGUACGUUAACUUCGUUGGUGAUCUUUUCUUGAGGAUGCUCAAGGCACUUAUAUUGCCUCUUAUCGUCGGAAGUAUCAUCACCGCUAUUGGAAGUCUGGACCUUAGUUUAUCUGGAAGGAUUGGUAUGAGAUCGAUCUACUAUUAUGCAACGACCACUGUCACUGCUGUAAUAUUGGGAAUUAUCCUUGUACUGUCAAUUCGUCCUGGAGUUGUCAGUACAGAAGGUGGAGUAUUUGUCGUCGAUCCUGGUGAUUACAAACCACCGAGAAAUAUUACAACGACUGAUACUCUUCUAGAUUUAGUUAGAAAUAUUUUCCCCUCGAAUUUAGUCCAAGCAUGUCUGAAACACUACCAGACCAAGCUGAUAAUGCCCAAAAAUAUGACUGGAGUUAAUAGUAUGUACGACUGGAAUAUUGACCAUGAGUACCACGACGGUACCAACACACUUGGUCUUGUCAUAUUUGGCAUUAUUUUGGGUAUCACCAUCGGAAAAAUGGGGGACGCUGGUAAGCCGCUUUUGGACUUCUUCACCUCGCUCUCUGACGCAAUGAUGAUAAUAACCAAUUGGGUAAUAUGGCUUUCUCCUCUUGGUGUGACAUUUUUGGUGGCCUCCAAGCUUCUUGAAAUCAACGACUUCGGCGUAGUGGUGGGUACCCUGGGAUGGUACUUCAUGACAGUCCUGCUGGGGCUGUUCAUCCACGGCUUCGGCACUCUGUCAGUGAUCUACUUCGUAUGCACCCGCGAGUUGCCAUUCAAAUCCAUAAGUCAAAUGGGUCAAGUAGCUGUUACGGCUUUCGGAACAGCAUCGAGUUCCGCAACUCUUCCUAUUACGCUUCAAUGUCUGGAUAAGAUGGGUCUGGAUCCGAGAAUUACCAGGUUCGUCGUCCCCAUCGGAGCCACUAUUAACAUGGAUGGUACUGCGUUGUAUGAAGCCGUCGCAGCUAUUUUCAUCGCACAACUCCGGGGGAUUGAAAUGUCAUUGAGUAAAGUCAUCGGUGUUAGUGUCACUGCAACUGCCGCAAGUAUAGGGGCUGCUGGAAUUCCUCAAGCUGGAUUGGUGACAAUGGUAAUGGUGCUUGACACCGUCGGUCUACCUCCAGAAGACGUCUCGCUGAUUAUUGCCGUCGAUUGGCUUUUGGACCGAUUCAGGACAACGAUAAACGUGGUCUGUGAUGCACUAGGUGCGUGUAUUAUUGAAAAGAUGAGCCGAGGUGAACUGGACGCCAUCAAUGCUAGACAGCAAGAAGAAGCGGUCGAGCUUACACAGCUUAGCAAAACCGAGGCUUGA